AUGAAGCAGAGACCAACAUUGAUGGAUCAGAUGGAGAGGCCACAGUCUCCCCUUGCUGUUACUGAGGUAAAUGUGGUCACCCGCUCUGAGACUCAACUAGAACUGGAGUGGAACAAAGUCAACAACAACAAUAACUACACUUACAUACUGAGAUGCAGCGAUGGAGCAGAGACCAGCAUCAUUGGAUCAGAUGAGGGGAACACAGUAGAUGUAGUCACCCGCUCUGAGACUCAUCUAGAGCUGGAGUGGACCAAAGUCAACAACAACAAGAACUACAAUUACAUUCUGAGAUAUGAUGGAACAGAGACCCCCAUCACUGGAUCAGAUGCAGGGACCACAGUAAAAUACAGAGUCUCAUCUCUCUCUGCUGGGACUGAGUACUCCUUCACUAUCUUCACUGUGUUUGAGCGAGUAAGAAGUGGAGGGUAUAUCUUCUCAGAGGUUACUAAAAUCAACUGUGCUGCCUCACGGUGGAUCGUCAGCAACUUCACCAUUGAGGCAGAGGUUCUGGGGGAGUUCACCACGGCAACAGCUAAUAAUGGAAGUGAUGUGAAUGGAAUUAAGGAGGGAAACAAAGUGUCCUUCUCAAACCUUCAUCCUGGGGAUACUUACAUUGUAUCACUGUAUUAUGAGUUUGCGGUGAUCUGGGUUCCAGUGCUGGUCAUCAUUCUGCUGGGCCUCCUGGUAGCCAUGGGAGUGUUUGUGCUGCGAAGAAAGCCCAAGUUGCUCAGAGCCAUUUCAGUGAAGAAAUUUCCAGAUCAUUUCUCCCGCUUGAGCCGUGAUGAGAAUCGAGAGUUCUUAGUAGAAUAUUUGCAAUUUAGCACUGUAGGAGCAGACCUAACUCAACAUGAAGCAACUCUUCCAGACAACAAGAGCAAAAACAGAUUCACUGAUAUACUUCCAUAUGACUGUUCUCGUGUGAAGCUCAGUAGACGUGGCCAGAACUCAGACUACAUCAACGCCAACUUCAUACCCGGCUAUGGGGGCAAGAAGAUGGAAUACAUUGCGGCUCAAGGUCCACUCAGCUCCACCGUCAGUGACUUCUGGAGAAUGAUCUGGGAGCAAAAGUCUGAGCGGAUUGUCAUGGUAACCAACUGUGUAGAGAAAAGAAAGGCUAAGUGCGACCAGUAUUGGCCUCCUUCUCCAUGUUACUAUGGUGACCUACUCAUUACCAUGACAUCAGAGCGUAAAGACACCAACUGGACCAUCCGGGAAUUGAUCGUAAAAAAGGAGGCCAAAUCCGAGGAAAGACGGGUUAAACAUUUCCACUUCACCGCCUGGCCAGACCAUGGUGUUCCUAAGGGAACCGAGGAACUGAUCCAGUUCCGUGGACUCAUUCGGCAACAUAUUGACAGUUCUCAAUCUUCAGGGCCCACAGUUGUGCACUCCAGUGCUGGAGUUGGCAGAACAGGCACUCUGAUAGCCCUGGAUGUGCUGCUGCAGCAGGUGGAGAGAGAGCAAGCCGUGGACAUUGCAGGGUUUGUCCAUCGCAUGAGACGCCAUCGGCCACGCAUGGUGCAAACAGAGUCCCAAUACAUAUUUCUGCACCAAUGCAUCAAGGACUUUUUGACACAAAAGAAACCAGAAGAGCCGCUAUAUGUUAACACAGUGAUUUAUGAAAACACUGCAGCCAUCUGAAGACCACAGGAAUUCACUAGAGUAGGGCUGGGCAAUAUGCCCUUGAACUAAAUUCUCAGAUUUUUUCACAUGAACCCCUUAAAUGGGCAUCUUUGUUGUUGUGUGGCUCUUUUUAGUGGUAGUAUGGGAGCUCAAUAAAUGCAUUCUGAUUACUGGGGAGGUACUGCUCAUGCUGUAGGAAACAGAAGUAGCCAGGUAGACUGCUACACUCAUUCAUGACAACUUCUUUCAGGCAGUUCAGUUAACAAUGAACUAAUAUCUACUAAUUCUAUGCAUCAGUAACAUUGUAACAUUUUAACAACAUAACAUUUUAAGCAUGGUUUUAA